CGGAAGUAGCGACGGGCGGAGGGUCUACGACAGGUUUAUCGGGAUCAUGAGUUGAGACAUUCCUGAGGAUCUUGCGACAUUGCCGGCGUGAAAUCCUUGGGAUGCUCCACUUGGAUAAGAGGUAGAAGAGCCGGGAGCCAUCAGGACGGCGCAGGAAUCCGGGAGGAUGGACAUGCUCAGGAACCGGACGGUGGAGGAGCUCCGGGAGCUGCAGGAGGAUUCCCAGGAAAUCGAGCGCUUGGCUCUGGAAUCGCAGGAGGUGCAGGAGCUGCAGCUGGAACGGGAAAUGGCCUUGGCUUCCAACCGGAGCUUGGCCGAGCAGAACCUGAAAUUCCAGGCGCCGCUGGAAUCGGGACGAAGUGACCUCUCCAAGAAAUACCUGGAGCUGCAGGAACUGGCCGGGAGGUGCCGGGAGCAGAAGGAAAAGCUGGAGAAAUCCUCGGCAGCGCUGCAACCGCAGACUCUGCUGGAGCUGCUCCAGGUGGAAAGUCAGAAGAUUGAGGAGGAAUCUGAGAAAAUGGCGGAGAAAUUCCUGGAGGGCGAAGUGCCCUUGGAGACGUUCCUGGAGCAGUUUGCCACCAUGAGGAAAUUGUCCCACCUGCGCCGGGUCCGCGUGGAAAAGCUGCAGGAGAUCGUGAGGAAAUCCGAGGGAUCCCAGGAAUCCGGCCAGGACUCGCAGGCUCCUCCUCCUCCUCCUCCUGCUCUCCCUCCUGCUCCUCACGUUCCUGGCUCCAGGGAUCCUCCACAGCCCUUCCCAGCGGGAUCUCCUCCCUUCCCCCUUCCCUACAGCCCGGCUCCCGCGCUCCCUCCCGGCCCCCCGGCCCAUGGAGCGCUGCCUCCCGCACCUUUCCCGGCAGCUCCGGCUGCUUCCCAGCCCGGCUCCCAACCCUUUCCUUACCCAGCUCCCGGAUAUCCGUCGGCUCAGGCUCCCAGAGCUGCCUCCGGAGGCUAUUCCUGGUCUCCAUCCCGGGCCCCUCCGCAGCCGGCACCAUAUCCCGGUCCCAGUCCGUCUCCUCCUCCUCCCAGGCCGGGAUACUCUCCCUACAUCCCUCCCGGAGCGGGAAGGCCACCCUAUCCCACCCAGCCCCCUCUCCCGAAUUUCCCGAUCCCGGCACAGCCUCCCUAUCCCGGGGCUCCCCCACCCUUUGGAUACCCGCCCCCUCCCAACCCUUCCCGUCCGGCUUGGCCUGGAUACUAAUCCAGGACUUUCCGGGAGCAUCCUCUACUGCUUCCUUCUUUUUCUGGGGAUUGAGGAACAGGUGGAAUCCCAGGAAUUCCAUGGGAUGAGAGUCACAGUUCCAGGAGUC